GGAGAUUCAUUUCAUUUUAAACUGUGCAACGGAACGGAUCGGCGGUGCAAACUUCUGCGGUCUCCGUUGUCGUUGGCAAUAGGCGGUACAAGUGUUCCGAGUGUGGUUGGAAAGGAUAUCGGUACACGUUUCUCACCGUGGUUGAGAGUUGAAAAGGGGGUGGCCAAAGUAAGGACAUUCAGUACUGCACUGUGCUCGCAGGAAGAAACAAGUGGUUGUCGGUGAGUGGCUGUACAACGAAUACGGUCCGAGAAUGGCCAGGCUGGCUGGUAGAGAGUGAUUUUUAUACGGCGACAAGUGAGAAGCGGCGGGAAAUUCGUUUUAUUCUAUAAACGUUUUAAAAGUUGAAUAAAAAUGACAGAUGAGCUUCAAACACAGCAGCAAACCCAACAGUCUCAGCCCCAGCAACAACAGCCAGCCCAACCCCAACAGAAGCAGCGGCUCGGGCCCAACGAUUACCGCAAUUCGGAGUUUGUAACGAAACUGAUGGCGGCUAAUCCUCCCUACCUUUACUCGCCGGCAAUCGGACCGCAUAAUUUCUUUUUUAGUGAAAUGCUACGAUCGCUGGUCGCAAAUAAACGAAACGAAAGUCUACGCAAUGCUGAACAGCUCCACCACCACCAACAGCAGCAACAACAGGCAGCUCAAGCACAAGCACAGUCCCUGUCGUUGCCCACACGUAGACCCAGAAAGCGGUCCUGGUCACAGCACCGACUAUAUCCAGAAUCACCUAAAGAUAGUAAGGACUCGGAGGAGAAAAUAUCGGGACAACCGGAAAAGCCACUAGAACUGACGAACAAACUUUCAGCAUUCACGCGUAACAUAACAUCCAAAUACGAAGACACCAGCGAUAACUAUAAACCGCCACUGGAUGCCAAACCUUCCAGUGAGAAGUCUCCCGUAAACAACAAUCUCAUCCCGGAUCCACCCACAGCCUCCUUACCACCUUCCGAUCUAAUUUUGCCCCCACCUCCGCCGGUUUGGUAUCCGCCACUCUAUCCACCAUACGGAAUUGAUCCCCUACACUUCUUCAUUGACCUACGUGUCUCCGGUCACAUCUAUGACCGCAAAAAGGACCUUACUUCGCCGGAUUCGGAGAACUCAGCAGCAGCCGUCAAAAACGAACAUUCGAAACUCAUCGGUGCAAAUGAUCGGCAGGGGUCUGCCUUCAGCGUCCCCAAGCCACGUGACGGCCUGAAACCUACCACGGCAAUCAACUUAAGCUCGCCUCCACUGCCCUCGUCUGAAGGCGACGAAAAACCACCAACCGAUCACUCGGCCCUUUUUCUGAGCGAAUUCAAAGAAAACAAGUACGACAUCAUCAAGAACACCAACUAUGUCAUGCAGAAUUUACCCCGCAUCUACAGCGACUUGAAUCACACCCAGAAGGAGACCGGAGAGGACGACAUGAACGGGAAUCUGAGUGACGAUCAGUUGGACUGCAAAUCGGUCGGUUCGAAUGAAGACUACAUCGGCGACGACGGGAAAUUUCGGGAUUCCGAUCUGAACGUGAUCUCCGACGAGGAUGAAUCGAUUGCCGUCGAUGAGAAUUGAGUUCCGUUCGGUGUUUUCUCUUGGUGUACAUUUGAAUGUUAUUGCCGUGUUAUUAAAGUAAUUGAUACAGUGUACUGAAUUUAGA